GCCAAAAUUACCACGUUUUUUUUUUUUAAUAAUAUAUCGCGCGUGUUUUCAAUCAGCGCUGUACAGUUUUUUACAGUGCGCGCACCCGUUGUAUCCAUGGAGCGUUGUAAACAAAAAACAAUGUAUGAAGUGGGCGGGUCCGUUAAAUCGUAUAAUUAUUAAACAUAAUGGCAGAGGGCGGAGAAGAGUUGCAGGAGAUCAACAAUUUGUUCAAUGAUCAUUUUGGUUUAUCAAAUACAAAUGAGACACCAUUACCUGACCAUGAUAUUUGUAUAACAGAGUCCGAAGACGGCGACACAUCGAUAGGAAAUGAAAUUCUGGUCGCACAAUACCUUGACCAAUGUUCUAACGAUAAGGAAAAUGAAAAUCCAUUUAUUGAGUGGGAUAGUUGUGUUCUUUUUAAACAUUGUAACUGCGAAAAUAAAUGCAUAGAAAAAUUUAGUUCUUCAGAUAUUAAUGACCAUAUCUUAUCUAUUAGAGAUAUGUUAAAGGAAGAAAAAGAACAAUUAAUUAUGACUAUUUUAAACACAGUAAAAAUAUCAGACGCUGACACCAGGAGAGGCUCGAGAAAGCGCCCCACUUCCUUGUAUUGUUUUGAAGGAAAGAAAAUAUGCCGUCAGGCUUUCAUGAUAUUAUAUGACAUUACAGACUUUUCUCUGAGAGCUUUAUGCGAACACGUACAUGGUCAUGGCGUAUCUCCACGUAAACAUGGCAAUACUGGACGAAAGCCUAUUCAUGCUCUCCAUUUUGACGAUGUUAUGAAAAUAGUGACAUUUUUACGGUCGUAUGCUGACGAGAAUGGCUUACCACAGCCAGCUGCUCCGAGAGGGCGUGGUGAUCUCCCACCCAUCUAUCUACAUUCAUCAUUGACAAAGAAAGCCAUUCAUUCUAUUUAUGUUGAGAGUUUACGAUCUGAGAAUGGAAAGUGUGUAAAAAGAACAACAUUUUGUCAGAUAUGGAAAGCUUGUGUGCCGCAUAUUGUAAUUGCUUCCCCACGUCACGAUGUUUGUUCAAAAUGUGAACAAUAUCGAAAGAAGAUUGUCGAUGCUGUGACAGAAUCUGAGAAGAUGGCCGCGACGUCAUCUGUGCAAACACAUAUUCAGCUAGCACAAGAAGAAAGAAAUCUUUAUCUGACAUUGAUUCGUCAAAGUAAGACAGCCUUAGAGACAGCCGCGUUGCUCGGCAAUAUACCUAGUACAAUGCAUUAUACAUUUGAUUUCGCCCAGAACGUCACGCUUCCGCAUCAUGCUCGUCAGAUGGGACCUCUUUACUUCUUGUCAUUGAAAAAGGUUACAAUUUAUCUACCAUUUCUUUGUUUCCCAUCUCAUUUUGUAUUUACAAUGCGUUAUUUAGAAUGCAGUAUAACUAAUCAAUUAUCUACCAAUUUUCAACGCGCCUUUUUAAGUAAUUUAUGGUUGAAUUUCAAACACGCAUGAAUAAAUCUACGGACACCGACUGGCCAAUGAGAAAUUACCAAACAUUUGAAUAACAUUAUCAUACUGCAACUGAAAAAAAAAACACUUUAUAAAAAUAAGUAACGGAAGUAGAUUCUCGUCCAAAGACUUCAUUAAAAUAAACGUUCUACACAUUCUAAAAAAUGCACUCAUGUGCAAUUUAUACCAUAAUGAAGUUAUUUUAAAUUUUGUGCCAGUAUUUUAGAUUUAUUCAUCAAAACUAAACACGCAUAAUGGGGUUUUUAAUGACCGGGAAAAAUACCCGGUAUGUUUUAAGAAAUUAACAUGCUUGUUUUAUACAUACAUAAUUCAUUUGAGAACUUUGUAAGAAAAAAAAUUAAAAGUUAGAAGAUGAAUAUUUGUUUAGGUACAAGUAUUUGGCUUCCGCACCGAUGGAGAUCCACGCCAAUUAAUCUAUCUUUUUGAUGAGAGCCAGUGCAUCGGUUUAGACGGAAAGCUGUCACACGGUCCAAAUGCUGUAAUUAGUAUGAUGCACCAUGCUUUCC